ACACAAGCUGGGCAACAUGUCUUACUCUGGCAUCUCUGUCUUCCUCAGUGCUCAGCGGCCUCUGCUCCAAUGACUGUCCAGAAGAUGUCAAGCCUUUCGGUGUUAACCAGCCAGGUCCCUACGUCAUGUACACCACAACGGACUCCAACGGCUACCUGAAGAACGCCUCCGCCGGUCAGUUGAGCCAGUCGGCUCAUUUCUCCCUCCAGCUGCCCUACACUGUGCUGGGCCUCGGACGCAGCGCCAACUUCUUAGACCACCUUUUCGUCGGCAUCCCCCGGCAGCCUGGAGAGACGGAAAUAAGGAAGAAGGAGUGGACGGCCAUCAUUCCCAACUCUCAGCUCAUUGUCAUCCCCUUCCCACACAAUAAACCCCGCAGUUGGACCGCUAAGUUGUACCUGACUCCUAGCAACAGCGUGUUGCUGACGGCCAUCGCAUUGAUUGGAGUGUGUGUCUUCAUCCUCGUCAUUAUUGGCAUCCUCCACUGGCAAGAGAAGAAAGCGGACGAUCGCGAGAAGAGACAGGAAGCCCACCGUUUCCAUUUCGAUGCCAUGUGAAGGAAGAAUGCUGCAUGAUGGGAGAAUCCCUCUCCUGUCCUCCGACUCACCCCCCUUCCCCCUUCACACACACAUUUUCACUCAGUCUCAUUUCAAAGGCCAAUAAAUGGAUCCUCAUUUGCCCCAAAACGUUUCUUUUUGAUAUUUUCUUCAGUUUCUCAGACCGAUGUGAAAUAUUUAUGUUCCAUUUCAGUUCUUCAUUCCUGUGUUAGAAGUACAGGAGCUGCAACAAGCCCGUGGAGACACACAAAUCCUGAUGGAGAGCACCGGGACUUAAAAGCAGGGAUUUCUUUGGACCUGCUGUAGUCAGCAGCAUGAUCAUCACUUGUGUCAUUAGAGAAUUAUGUGGACCAAGUUAUUCAGAUUUCUGUUGAUCGUCCCAAGCUGUUUAUUGACUGGAAGGGAAGCACCGUUGGUACCGAGUGUUAAAAUGUGUAACGUUACUUGAAAACCACGUGUGUGUGUGUUACUGUCCGUUGUCUUUGUCUACUUGUUUUACCUCUGUUGUUUUUAUUUUACUGGGAUAUGGUAAAUCAAUUCUUCAGAUUUUAUUAUCUGUGAAAUUAAACUGAAUUGUAUUCUGUGAUAUUAAUGUGCAAGAGCAGCAGCAACUGUUGCAAAGUGAACCAAACGGGACACACGCAACACCCUGAGUCUGGGAAGUCUGGGAAACGUGGUUCUGCUCCCAAUCUCACCAAAAUGAUGACUGCCUUUGGGUUGGCCGAGUGCACGUUCAUCUUUUCUCAGUUGAUCAUAUCACAGUGCAGCGUGUGAGUGCCAAACAAGGUUUUCUCUGUUGCAUUCUGCAAAUUUCUAAUUUCUGACGUCUCUAUGACUUUUAAGUUUUGACAUUUUGAACAGCUGAAUAAGGCAGUUUACUCCAGCUUGUUUCCAGAUGUAGUUGUACUGUUGGUUGUCUUUUUAAAGUUAAUCAGGCCAAGCGCUUUAGUGUGUUCACAUAUUUAUUUCACAAGAAUGAGCUCAUGCCUUUCCAAGUGGUUUGCACUUUUAACUACCGAUUAACUGCAGGUGUAUGUAAUUUAUUUUGUUUUGCGGAUUUGAUUUGUAAAUGAAUGUUCAGGCUACUAAAUGUGUUUACUUACUGAGGUUGAGAAUAAAGGUUUCUCCUGCUUAAAUCAA